AUGACUCUCAAUCUCAUUCAACGUCUAAUUCAGCUUAUGUGUGCAGCAUUUGAAUUUGCAAAGACCAGGGUCCAGUUACAUGACGACAGUCCGACGCAGAACCCUUUUCGUGUGAUCCGGAAUGUCAUCCGGACUGAAGGCCCUAGAGCCCUGUACAAGGGUUGUGAAGCUCUCGUCGCUGGAACAGUGGCCAAGGAUGCCAUCCGCUUCAUCUCCUUUGACAGCAUCAAACUCGCAUUCAAGGACCCUGAAACAGGUACUUUAUCACCAGCUCGAAAUCUCCUCGCAGGCAUCGCUUCUGGCGUGGUAGCGAGUACGUUCGCCGUGACUCCAACGGAACGAAUUAAAACAGCUAUCAUCGACGAUGCAAGGUUUUCCAAACGCUUUACCUCACCAUGGCAUGCUACCAAGACUCUAAUCGCGGAGCACGGUGUUCUCCGUGCAUUGUACCGGGGUUAUAUCACGACAACUUUGAAACAAGCCUCCACUACUUCCGUCCGCCUGGGAACAUAUAAUAUCCUCAAAGACUUUGAACGGCUUCGCAAUAUCCCACAGACUACAGCAACAACUUUUGCAAAUGGUGCAGUGGCCGGCACAAUAGUGGUGUUUGCAACCCAACCAUUCGACACGCUGAAGACUCGUGCGCAAAGUGUACGAGGGGCAGGGGUUGUCGAAGCAUUCACAAGCGUCAUCGCAGACUAUGGUGUGAAGGGUCUGUGGAGAGGAAGUACGAUGAGGCUAGGGAGAACAGUGCUCGCAGGAGGCAUCCUGUUCACGACAUAUGAAUGGGUCGCAACUUUGAUCACGCCCAUUCUUGAUAAACGUAUGUUACCAGCAAGGAGCGAGUGA